GGCAAGUCCAAAUUCUUCGUUGCCCUCUUCAAACUUCUAUCCUCUCCUUUCAUUCUAUUCUCGUCGAAAUUUCACUCUUUUCAUCACCUCUCAAAUUCCACAAAGUUGUUCUAAUCAAAUCUUCCUUCUUUGCAGCUUUGAUCUGCCCAAUUAGUUGAAGUUUUUGAGAUGGAGGAGGGCAAGAUGUCCGAGAAUCAUUUGACUUCAGCGGCAGCAUUUGUGGAGGGCGGUAUUCAGGAUGCUUGUGAAGAUACUUGCAGCAUAUGCCUCGAAGCAUUUUGUGAAAGUGAUCCCUCAACAGUGACUGGUUGCAAGCAUGAGUUUCAUCUUCAAUGUAUUCUUGAAUGGUGUCAGAGAAGUUCUCAAUGCCCCAUGUGUUGGCAGGCCCUCUCCUUAAAAGAUCCCAACAGCCAAGAAUUGCUGGAUGCAGUUGAGCACGAGAGAAAUAUCAGGAUGAAUCCUCCUCGAAAUACCACUAUCUUUCACCAUCCAACUUUGGGAGAUUUUGAAUUACAGCAUGUUAGCAUUCUCCUCUGUCCAUGA